AUGGAGGCAACCCUGGAGCAGCACCUGGAAGACACGAUGAAGAACCAGUCCAUCAUGGGUGUUCUGUGCAUGGACUUGCGCCGUGGAACCCUGUCUAAUGAACAUGCUGAAGUGAUCUCUGUCCUAGCCCAGCAAGCAGCUAAACUAACCUCUGAUCCAACAGAUAUCCCUAUAGUCUGUCUAGAGUCAGACAACAGGAAUAUAAUGAUCCAGAAACGAGAUGGCAUCACAGUGGCAGUACACAAAAUGGCAUCUCGACCUCUCAGACCUAUUCUCCAAACAAGU